AUGCUUUUCAAUUGGCGAGUCAAAGAUGUGUGUGUAGUGUUUGAAUGGUGGCACAUUCAUUCCGCACUAGGGCUCUUUUUGAGUUGCGCAGUCGUUUUCGCUAUUGCCGCAGGCUACGAAUUUUUACGAACAAAGACGACUGAGCUGGAUCAAACACGGUAUGUACCAAAGGACAAUGAUGAAUUGGACGAAGAAGCCGAGACCUUGCUUCAACGCACGACUAGCACGUCUACUCAAAGGAUAAGCAAAAAACAAGAAAUGUUACGGUCGACAAUCUAUGCUAUACUGGUUGCAAUCAGCUUUUGGCUCAUGCUGGUGUUUAUGACGUACAACGGGUAUCUCAUGAUCGCAGUUGUCCUGGGAGCUGGGUUCGGCCACUACCAUACCCAAGGUCGUCUUGCUGCAAGCCGGUCUCUCCAAUGUCAUUAA